AUGUGGCUGCGUGCCAUUUGUGGGGGCGCAAUUUGGAUAGCAGCAGAAGCAGAAAAGCAGAUGGAUAAGACCAUGGGCAAGCUGAACCUGGAGGGGGCAGUGUUUCCCAAGGAUUAUGAGUACAGUACCAAUGAUGACCCUAUGGGGGCAGUGCUUACCAAUGAUGAUGAGUACAGUACCAAUGAUGACCCUAUGGGGGCAGUGCUUGCCAGUGGUGACAAGUACAGUACCAAUGAUGACCCUAUGGGAGCAGUGCUUACCAAUGAUGAUGAGUACAGUACCAAUGAUGACCCUAUGGGGGCAGUGCUUACCAAUGAUGAUGAGUACAGUAUCAAUGAUGACCCUAUGGGAGCAGUGCUUACCAAUGGUGACGAGUACAGUACCAAUGAUGACCCUAUGGGGGCAGUGCUUACCAAUGGUGAUGAGUACAGUACCAAUGAUGACCCUAUGGGAGCAGUGCUUACCAAUGGUGAUGAGUACAGUACCAAUGAUGACCCUAUGGGAGCAGUGCUUACCAAUGAUGAUGAGUACAGUACCAAUGAUGACCCUAUGGGGGCAGUGCUUACCAAUGGUGACGAGUACAGUACCAAUGAUGACCCUAUGGGGGCAGUGCUUGCCAAUGUUGAUGAGUACAGUACCAAUGAUGACCCUAUGGGGGCAGUGCCUACCAAUGGUGACGAGUACAGUACCAAUGAUGACCCUAUGGGGGCAGUGCUUACCAAUGAUGGUGAGUACAGUACCAAUGAUGACCCUAUGGGGGCAGUGCUUGCCAAUGGUGACGAGUACAGUACCAAUGAUGACCCUAUGGGGGCAGUGCCUACCAAUGGUGACGAGUACAGUACCAAUGAUGACCCUAUGGGGGCAGUGCUUGCCAAUGGUGACGAGUACAGUACCAAUGAUGACCCUAUGGGGGCAGUGCUUGCCAAUGAUGACGAGUACAGUACCAAUGAUGACCCUAUGGGGGCAGUGCUUGCCAAUGGUGACGAGUACAGUACCAAUGAUGACCCUAUGGGGGCAGUGCUUACCAAUGAUGACGAGUACAGUACCAAUGAUGACCCUAUGGGGGCAGUGCUUACCAAUGAUGACGAGUACAGUACCAAUGAUGACCCUAUGGGGGCAGUGCUUACCAAUGAUGGUGAGUACAGUACCAAUGAUGACCCUAUGGGGGCAGUGCUUGCCAAUGGUGACGAGUACAGUACCAAUGAUGACCCUAUGGGGGCAGCGCUUACCAAUGAUGACGAGUAG